AUGUCGCAAGACGGUGGACACCAACCAUUGGACUCACUCCGUGAUGGGAUGGAUGCUCCCGCCGCUACCAACACCGCCCUUGAGAAUACCCCGUUGCUCUUCGAUUGUCAAAGUCCCGGGUACACGGACCUCGACAACACCACCAAGAACAGAAACAAGCCUGGGCCUAGUGUUUCCAACAGUUGCAGGGUUAGGCAUGGACAUGGCGACGGCGAGGAGCAUAGUGAUCUCGAUGAAGCGACCCAUGCGCGCCAAUUAAACCCUCGUCAGGAACAACGGUUGAAUGCCACAUCACCUCAAGCAUCGUCGGCAAAGCAUCGACUUUGGGACACUAUCUCCAAGCGACUCGUUUUCCUGCAACGGGAUGAAAAUGAACGGUCGCCGUUGGAGAAGGAUCUAGUGCGGAGGCUGGAUGUCUUUCUCUUGACUUUUGGGUGUAUCUCGCAAGGUAGAUAUCUCGACCAAACCAACAUCAGCUCCGCAUACGUCUCUGGCAUGAAAGAAGACUUGCAACUCAACGGCAACGAGUUAAACUACUUCCUCACCUUCUUCAGCAUCUCCUACUGUCUCAUGCUCAUCCCCUCCCAGGUGAUCAUCACGUACGUUCGUCCCAGCUACUGGCUUCCAGGGCUCGAGAUUGGAUGGGGUUUCGUGACGGCUCUCAUUGCCUUCGCCCAGAAUGCUCACCAAGUCUACGCCUUGCGAGUCUUGCUCGGCUUGUUUGAAAGCAGUGCAUGGCCGGGCAUGAUGACCCUUUUCAUGUACUGGUACACUCCCUUAGAACUCGCAAAGCGCAUGGGCUUUUACCAUUCUUGUCAAGCAUUGGGGUCGAUGAUGUCUGGGGCAUUACAGGUUGCGGUGCUCGAGUCUCUUGAAGGCAAAUGGGGUCUUAGGGGUUGGCGAUGGCUCUUCAUUAUAAACGGCCUCCUAACCCUCCUGAUCGGAUUCACCGGCUUCUUCCUCAUCCCGGACUACCCCCGCUCCCCCAAUCCACGCUGCCUCAAAGCCUCUCCUCAAACAUUCUCUUGCCCUUCAGCCCCUUCCCUGAGCUUCGGCUGGCUCACCCCAGCACACAUCCAAGUCGCCGAGGACCGCCUCAAACGACACGGCCGAACCGACUCCAAAAAGAUUACUUGGCGCGCUGCCAAGCGUACCUUUAGGUUAUGGAUCUCCUACUUCAUUCCGGCACUGUAUGUUGCUUCGGUGUUGGCGCCUUAUGGGUACAAUUAUUUCAACCUCUUCUUGAAGGAGCUAAAGGACCAGAAUGGGAGGCCGAGGUGGAGCGUUGAGCAGGUGAAUGCAAUUCCGAUUGCGGGAAAUGGGGUGAAUGUGGUGUUUGUUUGGAUUUGGGCGAUUUUAUCGGAUCUGUUGCAGACGCGGUGGACGCUGUUGGUUGCUCAAGGCGUGAUUGGACUGAUUCCAUGCAUCACCAUGAGCAUCUGGACCUCUCAUCCAGAUACCACCCCGGUUUCUGCCGCCUACGCCAGUUACUUCAUGACUUAUAUGAGUCUAGGAACGGCGCCAUUGAUUAUGUCUUGGCUGUCCGAUAUACUGCCACAAGACUCAGAGGCUCGCACCUUGAUAGUCGGGUACUCCAUAGCCGGGGUCUACGCCGUCUUGACCUGGUCCCAGGUUCUUAUAUGGCCUGCUUCACAGGCUCCUUACUACCACUAUGCCUGGCAGAUAUCCAUCGUGCUUUGGAUACUCGUCAUCAUCAUGUGUUGGAUGCUGAACAUUAUCGAUGUUCGUAUUUUACUGUAA